UAAUAUGUUUCUUCUGCUUUAUCUUCUUCUUCUUCUUCAAAGUUCAUCUUCCAUUUCAGAACCACAGGAUGGAAGUUUAGGGUUUUGGGAUAUCUUUUUGUUUCAUCUACCUGACUUAAGAACAGUGGAAGUAAAGGAGUUGAAUAACGUACUGCAACCUCCUCCACCACCAGGGGUAAACCAGUUAAACAAGGAAAGAAUAGUCAGGAAAGCGAUUAAACCUCCAUCUACAGGUCUGAAAUCUGGAAAUUCUGAGGCUUCUAAUAGAGCUACGGAUAGAUAUAUAAUAAGACUACUGCAAAACCUGCACUCCAAGGUGUCCCAGCUGGCAGAACAAAAGAAAAGAUCAACGCUUGAAAAUGUCCAAGAUCAAUUAGUAGAACAAUAUCAACCCAGUUCAUCACUUGCUCACCAACCUUUCACCAGAAAUAUUCAGGAUGCCUCUGUUUACACAACAAACAUAACUACUGGGUUUCAGGCCCCGCUGUACACUACAGAGAGAAUAACCGGUUCAGGAAGAGUUAUAUUUCCAGAUGAAUUUGAUAAACUGGAACAGUUAAAGUACAAAAAGCAACCAUUGGAGAGUAAUUUUUAUCAAGAUAAAAAUAAGGAAAAAUUCAAUGAUCAAAAUAGUGCUCCAGGGAUGAACCUCAAAGAAAAAGAUCUUAGCGUUGAAGAUCGAAAACUGAAAAUAUUCCAAUUAAUUCAAGAACAACGGGAUUUACUUCUUAAAGCCAUGGAUGAGGAUGAAAAAGAUGAAUUUAACAAAAUCCUCAAUUAUCAGAAGAGAGAAAAUAUUUAUGAUUUUCUUCAGGAAAGUUAUCUUAAGAAACUGCAGAAGAAAUCUUUUAUCGGACCAUUACUGCAGCAAGAAACAAAUGAGACAUCAGUUACUGUCAGAGAAGCUGAAUUUAAUAAUAAUCAUGAACUUCAAUCCAACAGUACUGAUUUUAUUGGACCUUUACUUCAGAACAAGAACAUACAUGCAUACUUUCUAACUGGGGACAUUGAACCAGCCCCUGAUCAAACCAGGGUAUCAGUUUCUCUUGAAAACAAUCAGAUUUCGCUAUCCUUGGACAAUUCAGAUCCCACGGUUCUCAGCGAGGACUCCGCCAUCAAGUCCGAGACGACUGCAGAGAAGGAUCAGGAAGAAAUUUUAGGCCUUGAGGAGGUUUAUCUAGGAGAUGUCAAGUCAAAUCUUAAAAUCAAAAAAAGAGGGAAAAAUGAAAAAGAGGAUAAUUCAGACCAGAAAUAUGAAAAUGUCAUGAAUGAGACACCAAAGGAAAGUGAUGUAACAGAUGCUUAUGAUCACACAGAUAGUGGAAGUAUCGAAAGUAUGGAUAAAUUUAGAGAAUUAUUAAAAACAUUAAUAAUCCCAUCAACUGAAUAUGAAGCAACAACUCCAUCAUUUCCAAUCAACGAGAAGAUAAAGACAAAUAGUUAUCAAUAUUCUCAUUUUGUAGUGGAUCAAAGUUACUGAUUGCUUUUAGAAAUGUUCUUGUAAUUUUGUAUUUAAAAAAUUAUGUUUAUUUUUGUAUUCUAGCACUUACUGAUCAAACAUUGUUUUUGAAAAGUUUAUUUGUAAUUUUGUAUUUUCUGUGAAAAAUAUCUAGCUCUUUAUAUUCUGGGACUUUAAAGUGAGCUUUAGUCCUAAUCUUGAUAUUUUAUAAUUUACUUUUUAGUUUUGAUGCAGCCAUUAAUAAACCAAAUUAUAUUUACAUGAUUUAAACCCUUUAGUAAAAGUAAAUUCAAUCUAAAGUCUGACCGCGUCAACCUUGUUGCACCG